AUGCAAAAUCCCGUUCCAGUCUCGUCUUUGCCGGCGACGGGACGGUUGUUUUUCUUGCUCGGCGCCACAGCCGCCAUUGUCUCCGCCUCACCUUUUCCUCGGAAUACCGUCAACGACUUGGGCUUCUCAUUUCUCUUGCGACGAGAUGACUGCGCAACCUACUGCGGAUCUGAAAAACAGUUUUGUUGUUCUUCCAACCAGGUCUGCACAACCCUAGCCGGCAAUGUAGCCACCUGUGCGCCUGGCGGCGGCGGCUCCUACGGCGCAUACACCACCACGUGGACCGAGACGAGGACCUACACGAGCACCAUCAUGACGAAUUGGGCUCCGGCGCCGACUCCGAUACCAGGAGUCGAUUGCAAACCUCAGAGUCCAGAGCAAGAAGCUUGCGGGCCGAUUUGCUGUGCGGGUUGGCAAACUUGUGCCUUCAAGGGCCAGUGCUCCGCCCGGCCGGGAUAUCAGGAGCCCAGCACCAUCGUCAUGACGUCCAAUGGUGUAGUCACGACUCGAUACUCUGCUCCUUACCGAGUCACCGGUACCACGACUGUUAUCGGCAGCGGUACUCGAAGCGACCAAUCUUUCUUCACAGCCACAGCAACCACCACCUCUGCGAGUUCAACUUCCACUAGCGACGGGGAUACUAUCGGAGCUGAUGGAAGCAACAAGGGCGGAACUGGGGGCGGUUUGAGUGGCGGCGCCAUUGCCGGUAUUGUUAUCGGCACGCUGGCUGGUGUCGCCCUGCUCAUGCUUCUCUGCUUCUGCUGCAUCGCCCGUGGUAUCUGGAACGCCGUCUUUGGCCGGAAAAGGGAAAGGUCUGAAAAGGUCAUUGAGGAAGAAGUCCGCUAUUCACGACAUGGCAGCCAGGCACCGUCUGCCUAUUCCCGCCGAGACCGCCAUUCCGGAUGGUUUGGUGGUCGUCCAACAUCUGUCGCUGAUCGCCGCCCGAGGAAGUCGGAUGGGAAAUGGUGGUUGGGCAUUGCUGGCGCAGCAACGACUCUGUUGGCUUUACUCAACCUCAAAAAGGAUAGGAAACCUGUUCGACGGCCGCAGUCUUCACGGUACACUGAUUCGUCCUACACGUAUUCCGACGUUACAUACAUGAGCCCAACCAGCUCUAGUUCAGGACGACGAACCCAUCGUACCGGUCGAACAGGCCGGAGCCACCGCAGUGACAGCCGUGGCGGAGCCUCUUACUACUCCCGUGCCACCACACGCCGACCAUAG